AUGAAUAGCGACAGCUAUGUAAUACCUACCGGCUCUUAUGAGUUGAAUGAAAUUGAAGCAGCUAUAAAACGUGUAUUGCAUAAUACAGAUACUUUAUUCGAGUUGAGAGCAGAUAAUAAUACACUAAAAUGUACAAUGUUUUGUAGUGAAACUGUAGAUUUUCGUAUGACUGAUAGUAUAGGACAGUUGUUGGGGUUCAAAAAUCGUAAAUAUGCUGCUUAUGUCAAACACGAAUCAGAUACGUUGGUCAAUAUUACCAAAACAAACUGUAUAUAUAUCGAUUCAAAUCUAGUUAUGGGUUCAUUCGUCAACGAUGUCACGGCUGGAUACAUCGAUGAUUGUAAAAUAACUCAAAUCGACUAUCAUUCUUUUUUACCUUAUUCGACGUCCGCUCUUUCUAAUAAUGAUGAGGUGCGUAUUGCUUUACAUAACACAGAGUCUUAUACACUACCGCGCGAGAGUUAUAUUUACAUCGAGGGAACAAUAACCAAACCUACAGAAUUAUCCGACGAGAUUAGAUUUAUAAAUAACGGACUGGCAUUUCUUUUCGCCGAAAUGAAAUAUGAAAUAAACGGAUAUUGCUCGUACAAUAAAACAAAUAUUUCUUCACACCAAAACGCUGGCUGGGACAAUGAUUUUAAAAAUGUGAAUAAAGACUUUAUCGAUGGUGACAAUUUCAAUGGAUGUAUUAAUCUUAAAGAUUUGUUUGGUUUUUGUGAAGAUUAUAAGCGAAUUUUAAUAAAUUGUAACCAGCAGCUCAUAUUAAAUAGAGCGUCGAUCGAUUUAAAUGCAAUCAAACAGUAUAAAAAUAAUGAAGUUGUGGCAGACGCUCCUAAACUAAAAGACGUUAAAAUUAACAUAACAAAAAUAUUGUGGCGGAUGCCUAUAGUGAAAGUGAGUGAUAGGGAAAAAAUCCGACUGUUGAAAGUAGUCAACAGUCAAAAACCCCUGACAUGUGCUUUCAGAUCAUGGGAACUUUGUGAAUACCCGUUUUUACCUCAAAACACUUCACAUUCGUGGAAAGUAAAGACAUCCAACAAGUUGGAAAAACCUCGAUAUGUAAUAAUCGGAUUUCAAACCGCUAGGAAAAAUAGCGCGACUAAAGCAAUGUCGUAUUUUGAUCAUUGCAAAAUUAAAAACCUGAAGGUCUAUUUAAACUCCGAAGUAUUUCCCUAUGAAGAUUUUCAAAGCGACUUUACCAAGAAUAAGAUGGCGACAUUAUAUCGCGCGUAUGCAGAGUUCCAGAAAUCUUACUACGGGCAUGAUGAUGUGAAACCUCUAUUGAAUCGAGUAGAUUUCAAAAAUCUGUCUCCAAUUAUAGUUGUUGACACGAGCAGACAGAACGAUAACGUGAAAAUGUCAACUGUCGACCUCAGGAUUGAAAUAGAAGCAGACGAAGCGUUCCCGGAAUCAACUUCUGCUUAUUCGAAUGUUGAAGGAGAUCGUUUUUGUGUUGGCACUGCAUGUUCGAUGUAA